AUGACCAGUACUUCGUCUGAAAUCGAGAUAGCCGCCCAACACCUUGCCAAGGCGAAACGAAUCGUCAUCCUGACAGGCGCGGGCAUCUCCACCGCCGCCGGAAUCCCCGACUUCCGCUCCCCCACCAGUGGUCUCUACGAGAAACUGGCACCCCUCAAGCUGCCCUUUCCCGAGGUGAUUUUCCAUAUCAGCUAUUUCACCCAUACUCCGGAGCCAUUCUACGCCAUCGCAAAGGCUCGCCAUCCCCGCUGCCUCAAACCGACCAGAUCCCACGCAUUCCUCGGUCUGCUCGCGAAGAAAGGCCUGCUCCAUUUCCUGUUUACCCAGAACACCGACGGUCUCGAAGAAGAUGCCUUCGUCCCCGCAGACAAGAUGCUUGCGGUGCAUGGGAACUGGAAGACGCAGCGUUGUCACAAAUGCAACACGCCGUACCCGGACGAGCUGAUGAAGAAGGCCAUCGCCAAGAGAGAAGUACCGUACUGUCUUGAGGCGAGGUGCAAGGGAGCGGUGAAGCCGGAUGUGGUCUUCUUCGGCCAGUCGCUUCCCGCUGCAUUUGAUGAAAAAGAGAAAUUGGUAGCCGAGGCGGAUCUGGUGAUUGUUAUGGGCACAAGCUUGAAGGUUGCCCCGUGCUCGCGGCUACCGCGUUUGGCGAGGGAGGGAGUUCCACGGAUCCUCAUCAACAUGGAGAGUGCGGGGGACUUUGGUACACGACCAGAGGAUGUUCAAAUCCUUGGAUCGUGUGAUGAUGGGUUGGAAAAGUUAGCCGAUCUGCUAGGCUGGUCGGAUGAACUGGACAGUCUCUGGGCUGCGGCUGCGGCUGCGAAAGAAGAGCCGACCGAUGACGAGGAAGAGAUCAGCCUAGACGAGUGUAUUGAUCGAUUGGUCCAGGAGAACCAAGGAAAACAGGUGUCCGACGGACAUAAGCGCAUGCUAGAAACACACUUGCAGUCAAAAUUUGCCCAUUUGCUUCGGUCGAGUUAGACCAGAACGAAUGCAGCAAGAUACGCUUAUUGACAAGCCAGGGAACAUAAAUCAAUACGUAUCUCACCUCUUGUCUCCAAUUGCGUUCAAAUUGGGAAGCCUCUCCAACAUCAUCCGAAGCCAUACGGUGAUAUAGGCAAUAGGGGGGCAGCACCACGGUCGUUCGUCGAUAUACAUGGUGGAAAAGUGAUCAAACGUCCAAGGAGUCGAGCCCUGCAGCAUCGGCCAUGACCAGAGAAGCGGAACACCUGCCUUACCCACAACGCAGUCACCUCCCGAGAGAUUUCCAGGUGUAGGCGAGGUUGGCUAUGCUCGUCAGAGUAAACGGAUGCUUAGGCCCCAGGACCUUUUCGCUAGCCUUCAUCACCUCCAACUCUACCCUUUCAGCUUCCUGCCAUCGUUUUUUGGUCCUAGAAGUUGAAUCAAAGGUGC